AUGGUGGUGUCACAGACCUCAACGACCGCGGAUGGGCCAUGGAAGUCCUCGCUGCUGCGCCAGCGUGUUGCCGCCGGGGCAGACUUCCAGAACGUGGCGCUGUCCCACGCGGCAGGCAUACUGCACUCAGAGGCGGCCCGUGUGGAUGCGCAGUUGAUCGACGACUUCAGCUCCAUCUUGCGCGGCAACGUCAUCUACAUCCACAACUUUAUCUCCGACGCGAAGGACAUGCGGCUCUACGAUUCCCUCAAGGAGGAGCUGGUCGCAUCUACAGGCGCUAACAUGCUCGGCAGCGGCGGCCUCACUGAGUGGAGCAAGCACCACGUCUUCGAGAAUCCGACCGGCAUCAGCCAGACCUUCAACGACAUCAUCGACAUGCUCGCUGAGUACUUUGACGUGGACGUGUACGCGACACGGCUGAACUACUACCGGGACGGGACUCAGUGGAAACCGCAGCAUCAUGACAGCCACGCCUACGGCGGCCACGCGCUUCGUGAGGACUUCACCGUUGGCCUGACGCUUGGUGCGACGCGCAGCCUUCUGUUCGUGCACGAGGCGUCGCAGCGCGAGUUCAACUUCCCGCAGAUGAACGGUGACUGCUUCGCCUUCACGGGGGAGGUGAACCAGCUCUUCACUCACGGCGUGCCACGGAUGCACACACCAACAACCGAUCGCUUCAGCAUCAUCGCAUGGGGGCGGCGUCGCACGUUGAAUGAGCGCAACGGCGGCGUGCCGAGUAGCGCGGCGGUGCAGCUGGAGGGGUGCCCAAUCAACACCAUGGAGGACGCGGUGGAGGUGGCGAAGCAGCUCGUGACGGCGCAGCCUGGCGCCACAGCGGUGAAGAAGGCCGCGCCUCUGCCUUGCACCUCGGGCGAGGAGAGCCAUGAAGGGUACACCGUGGCCCUACGUCCAGCGAAGCGUAAGAAGAACCGCCUCCAGUAG